AUGCAACUUUGUCACCUUGUCUCUCUUGGCUUUGCUGCCACUGCGGCCGCCCAGGUCUACCAGGGCUUCAACUAUGACUCUGUCAACAGCGAUGGGUCAUGUCGAGGUUAUCCCGAUUUUCGAGGCUUCUUUGAACGCGCUAAGAACCUGGCCGGUACCGAGGGCCACUUCACGGCCGCCCGUUUAUAUACGUCGAUCGAGUGCGGCACAACAGCUGACCCCAUCUCAGCAUUCCAAGCCGCGAUCGACACCGACACAGAUAUCCUCGUCGGACUGUGGGCUAGCGCUGGUCGAAACGCCUAUGGGAAAGAACUAAGCGCACUCAUUACCACUGCUAAACAGCUAGGGUCUGCUUUCACUGAUCGUGUCAUUGGUAUUAGUGUCGGAUCUGAAGAUCUCUUCCGAAGCAGCGUUCAGGGUCAACCAGAUGAUGCGGGAGCUGGUGCUACAAGUGCAGAAAUUGAAGGAUAUAUUGGUUGGGUGCGAGAUUGGAUUCGUGGUACAACUCUAGAAGGCAAGCCGAUCGGUCAUGUUGAUACUUGGACCUCCUGGGUUGCGCCAGAGAAUGCUGGCAUCAUCUCAUCUGUCGACUUCCUAGGCCACAACGCCUUCCCCUACUUUGAGACAACCAGAAUCAAUGCCAUCGAAAAGGCCGCUGACAACUUCUGGUCUGGCCUUAAGCAGACCGAGAGCGUUGCCAAUGGCAAAUCUGUCUUCAUCACCGAGACUGGUUGGCCAACCAUGGGUCCCCAGCAACGAGAUGCCGUCGCUUCUGUCGACAAUACCAAGGGCUACUAUUCGCAGAUUGGUUGCGCGCUCUUCGGUCAGCGUAAUACCUUCUGGUACACUUUGGUUGACUCCAAUAUGACCCAGACAAAUAUCUCUUUUGCCCUCACUCCUAUUGACAGCGCUGCGCCCAAGUUUGACUUGACCUGCUAA